AGAGUGGCUUAAGUAGUAGAGCACCUGCCUAGCAAGUGUGAGACCCUGAGUUCAAACCCCAAUACUGAAAAAAAAAAUCGGAAUUACUUAAACAGUGAUAGAUAUAAUCAUGCAAUUUAAAAAUACUAUAACGAUGAGCAGAUCAGUGCUUUUUUGUUGUUGCAAAUACUGGAUGUAGACAGUAAUGGCAGACACAGAUAACCUCUCUCUUACACCACCCACUACUGUUCUGUCAGAGAACAAGGUUCCCAUUCUACUUCCGAUGCCAAACCAACAUUUCUCAUCCCAGCAUUGAAAAACCUUUGAUGAGGGCUGCUGGAGUGGCUCAAGUGGUAGAGAGCCUGCCCAGCAAGCAUGAGGCCCUGAGUUUAAACUCCAAUGCCUCCAAAAAGAAAAAAGAAAAGAAAGCUUUUGAUGAUUGAGCCACAACCGAAAGACUCUCUAAAACCAACCCUUCACUGUCUACACAGCCUCUGGGCAGACCUCAUCUCUGAUGGGUUCCAGAGGCCCGAUCUGGCGUUUCCUUCCUGGUACUUCAGUCAAAAUCGCCCCCCCGCCCACAAAACAAAAACAAAAACAAAACAAAAAACUCUCCUGGGUUCCGGCCCCAAGGCCCCGGUUCUGCGAUCCCCAAAAGCCUUGCUCUCUGGCUCCUGCCUGUGAGGCGGGCGAGGGUCUGCGGUGACUCACCGCAGGGCAGCCGGCCGGGCCGGAAUGUGCUCACUUCCUCACCCCGCGCACCUGCCGGUGCAGGCCGCGCCUCCCGGCCGGGCCUCCGGCGGAUGUUUUCCUUGUCCCUGCGCGGGCAGUGCGAGCCAACUACCGCGCCCCCGAACGGUCGCUUCCCACGGACUCAGAGGACUGGGUCCUAACCAUUGACAGCGGUACACGCGCACACAUCAACACCUUCGUUCUGCUCCCCACCCCAGCUUCUGGGAGGGAGAUCCUGCUCAACGCAACUUCUUUCCAAAACAUCCCCCCCAUACCCAAUAUUUGCCUACCCCAUCUCCAUUCCAGGCAGCUAAGCCUCACACACCAAUGCCCACGGGGGCCCCUCCAUCUUUGCGCAUCAUCAGCACCUCCAUGCUCCCUACUUCCCCACCCACAGCCGCUCCCUAUGGCCUUGGCCCCAGGUUGCAGGAGCAGAAGGUACUACACGGCAAGGCGUCUGCGUGUCAGGUGGUUCCCCCCCACACACCACCACCACCUCAAGGCAGCUACUGACGGCUAACAAGACUUACAGGCCCUUGUUCUAGAUAGGCCUUUUAAUGCCCUCUCCACACACCUCCAGUUAAGAGAAUGGUCAAGGCCAUGCCUCCCACACAGCAGCCUACUGUACCCUGCUGCAGCUGUGAGUUUUCAUUUUUUUCUUGGCACUCCUCUGAAAGGGAAAGGGUAUCUUGUUUUUUUGUUGUUGUUUCUUUUUUUUGGUGGACUUUUGUUAGUUUUUUCUUGUUGUUUUGUGGUGCUGGAGAUCAAAUUCAGGGUCUCAAACAUGCUAGGCAAGCAUUCUCCUACUGAACUACAUCAUCUGCCAGAGAAAAAGUAUCUUGGAAGAGGAUAGCUAGGGAGUUCCAGGUGCACUGACAGGUUUUUCUGAGUAGAGGUGACAGGCAGAGUGGCCCUCUGAAAGUCUGCAAGAAGUAGUUGUAUUUGACACACUAUGUGAUAGGGAGCAAGUCUUGGAGUAAAUGGGACUAGAGACUUAGAAGGAAAAAAACAGUAAAUGUCCUGUAGGUGGUAUGGAAAUAGCUGGGCCUUUGAAAUGUAGAAAAGCCUAAGAAAGCCAAUUUGACCAGGCCAGUACCAAGUACAUGGCUAGCAGUACAGUGGUCAGAAAGGAGAACUUGAGAGUUCAUAUGAGUGGGGAUAGAGGAAAAAACAAAGAAUCUUUAUAAGGAAAAGCACAAGUCCUAAAGUUAGCUGGAAGGAGGAUGAGAAAAUGAUACCCCUUCUCAGGGUGGAGGUGGGGAUACUGACAUGGGGAAAGCAGCUUUAUCAGUGUUGUUUCUUAAACCAGACGUACAGAAUUCAAGAAUACAAGGACCCAAACCAAAAUGUUUCCCUCCCCAAAACAGGCAUCUGUUUUUGAAGGAGGUGGUAGGGAUGACAUGGAGCAUGAAUCUAAAAGGGUCAGAAGUUGGUCAGGAGAGAACAGUCCCUAACUGAAGCCUGCAGCUGUGCAUAUAGACAUGCUUGCUCAAUCAAUGUCAUUCAGAGAAAAGAAUGUCACCCAUUGUGUCUCCAAGCUUUAGCACCAAUCAUGGCUAAUCUUUUCUGAAGGCCAUGUGCCAAAGACAGUGCUAAGAGUAUAUGAUGUGCUAUCUCAUAACAACUCUGUGAGGUGGCAUUACUAUUCUGGAUUUAUAGUUGAGGAAACAGGAUGAGAGAGGUGAAGUAACUUGCCCAAGGUCACAUAGUAAAUAGAGUCAGGAUCUGAAUCCCAGUAGUCUGUCCCUACAGCCUAUGCUCUCAAUCACCCAUCCUGGGUCCUCCAGAACCUGCAGGAAACUUAAAGGAAGAUGCCAAAGGAUAAAUUCUUGAAGAUUCAUUCCAUCAACAGGAAAGAAGGAGCACCCCUGUGAAACUGGCCUGAUUCAUCCUGCUAAGAUGCUUGGAGAUGCUUCUCUUUGAAAGCAUCCCCAGAGAUGGAGCAAUCUUGCAUCUUCUGCAUUUUUUUUAAUGUAAUGCUUCACGAGUUUGCAUGUCAUCCUUCCACAGGGGCCAUGCUAAUCUUCUCUGUAUCAUUCCAAUUUUAGUAUGUGUGCUGCUGAAGCAAGCACUCUUCUAUAUGCUCAUCUCUGGGAUACCUGAGAAAAAGUGAGGUUCCCCCCAAUCUCUGAGGUUAAUUCUAUUUCUCAGCUGUAUCAGGGAAACCCUGCCCAAGGUCUGAGAGAAAUAUACUCUCUACUCCAGAUGCCUGCUUGCUCUCCUGGAGCCUCUGGCUGCUGCACCCUGCUGUAACUCCUUGGUUUGGCUGUGGCACAGGAUUAACCAUCCCCAGGAAAUGCCUUCCUCCGGUCCAGGCAGGGAUCCCAGCACACACUGCUGGUGGUGGUAGUGGGGCAGGGAGGAAGAAGGGCUGGUGGAAUGCUUCCUCUCUCCAGGUCAAGGAGGAGAUCUGGGGACCACCUGGAGCCUCACCCCUCCCACCUCUUUGCUGGGAAAUGCCCAGUUCAGUGCCCCUUCCACGGCCACCUCCCUCCCUCUAGCUGUGCGGGGGCAUGAAUCAGCUCUCACAGCUUGUUAAAAGCUGAACCUCUUGUUUUCAUGCCCUCACCUCAGGAAACAGAAUUACAGCUUUUCCAGCUCUACUCAGCAGGGGGCCAGGGUCCUCACUUUAUAAACAUCCCCAGCCUGUGAGAGGAGAGGGCACAGAGAUGGUGUGACAGGAUCCCAAGGAGAAAGAAACACUAAGACUUAAGGAGCAAAGCAAAGCCAAGGGGACAAGACCAGAGAAGAACAGAAUCCAAGAAGGGUCCAAGAGGACUGAGCUGCAGGAAUGGCCCUAGGAAUGCUCUGGGCUGGACAGGCCAAGAAGAUCCUGGGAGGCUGGGGAAUCGUCUGCUUGUUGGUGUCUCUGCUUCUGCAGUACCCAGGAGUCCACAGCAAGUGCUACUUCCAAGCUCAAGCCCCCUGUCACUAUGAGGGGAAAUAUUUCACCCUGGGUGAGUCUUGGCUCCGCAAGGACUGUUUCCAUUGCACCUGUCUGCAUCCCGUCGGUGUGGGCUGCUGUGACACAUCUCAGCAUCCCAUCGACUUCCCUGCUGAGUGUGAGAUUCAUCAGGAGGCAGGAACCUGCCAAUUUUCCCUGGUGCAAAAAUCUGACCCUCGGCUGCCCUGCAAAGGAAGGGGGUCUGACCUAGAGUGGGGCUCAGCUAACACCCCUGUUUCUGGGGCUCCUGCUCCCCACUCCAGCUAAACUCAACUGAUCAUCCAUCUGCUGACUG